UGGUCAGGAAGUGACGCGGCAGCCGCCUCCCGAUUCGGAGCCUCGUCGCCUUUCUGCUCCGGUUACUUGUAGGUUAAAUUUGUGGCUCUUUUUCCACGCAGACUUUCGACCACAUUUCCCGGGAAAGCGCCCUGCGGAGCUCAGCAUGGGCACCGUCCACGCCCGGAGCCUGGACCCUCUGCCCAUGCGAGGGCCGGAGCUCGGGGUCCAUCCUGACGACAUCGAGGCUCCUGAGAUCGAGCAGAAGCAAGAAGUCCUCGAAAACAAGAAUGUUGUCGUUCAACAAGUUCACAUAGAUGGGCUCGGAAGAACGAAGGAUGACUUGUUGACGUAUGAAAUCAAAGAAGUUUUCCGGGCAAAGAACCUGAUAGAUGUGAUGCGAAAGUCCCAUGAAGCCCGACAGAAGCUGCUGCGCCUCGGUAUCUUCAGAAAAGUUGAAGUUGUUAUCGACACAUCGAGAGGUGACGGUGCUCUUCCCAACGGCCUCGAUGUGACGUUUGAAGUCACCGAGCUGAGGCGGAUGACCGGCAGCUACAACACCAUGGUCGGGAACAAUGAAGGAAGCAUGGUACUGGGCCUGAAGUUACCUAAUGUUUUGGGUCGAGCAGAGAAGAUGAACUUCCAGUUCUCCUACGGCACCAAAGAGACGUCCUACGGUCUGUCCUUCUUCAAACCCCAACCUGGGAACUUUGAACGCAACAUCACACUCAACAUGUACAAAGUAACGGGUCAGUUUCCCUGGAGUUCACUGAGGGAGACGGAUCGAGGCAUCUCUGGAGAAAUGAGCUUCCCCUUGUGGAAGACCAGCCAGACCCUGAAGUGGGAGGGGGUGUGGAGGGAGCUCGGCUGUCUCGCUCGCACCGCCUCCUUCGCCGUCCGGGAGGAGAGCGGCCACUCCCUCAAAUCCUCUCUCUCGCACUCUAUGGUCAUCGACACGAGAAACUCCUCCAUCCUUCCCAGGAAAGGCGGCCUGUUAAAGAUCCAUCAGGAACUUGCUGGUUACACCGGAGGAGACGCCAGUUUCCUGAAAGAGGACUUUGAGAUCCAGCUCAACAAAACACUCUACUGGGACUCGGUCCUUUCUGCUUCAAUGUGGGGGGGUCUGCUGCUGCCCAUUGGGGACAAGCCAACAAGCAUAGCAGACAGGUUCUAUCUGGGCGGCCCCACCAGCAUCCGAGGGUUCAGUAUGUACAGUCUGGGUCCGCAGAGUGAAGAUGUGGCAGGAGACUACCUGGGAGGAGAGGGCUACUGGGCGGGGGGGCUGCACCUCUACACCCCUCUGCCCUUCAGACCGGGCAAGGGGGGCUUCGGGGAUCUCUUCAGGACGCACUUCUUCCUCAACGCCGGAAACCUCUGUAACCUCAACUAUGGUGAGGGGCCAAAAGCUCACCUGAAGAAACUGGCAGAAUGCAUCCGCUGGUCGUACGGAGUGGGCAUCGUGCUACGUCUAGGGAACAUCGCCAGGCUGGAGCUGAACUACUGCAUUCCCAUGGGAGUCCAGAGCGGAGACAGGAUCUGUGACGGCGUCCAGUUCGGAGCAGGAAUCCGCUUCCUGUGAAUCCACACUUCUUUGGAUGUAGAACUUUGUUUGUUUUGUAUCAGCAUUAUUUAAUGGCAGAAACAGGAAGUUGCUUGUACAGAAUUGUUGUUACGACUAAUUAGUUCAAUAAAAGUGUUUGCACUGAU